UUUUCCUUUUAUUUUUCUUUUCUCUAUGUCUAUUAACCUAUCCACACCUGAUCAUCACACGCUCUUCCUCCUCCUCAUUGCGCGUCACACUUAUUCCCACCUUGCAUGUGGGAGACUACUACACUUCCCUUUUCAUCAUGCCUCUACAUGCCACAUGCAAGCACUCAUUGCCUCACAAUCACCACGCGACGUAAUAAGCGAGUGAAGUUUACACCCCAACUCAAAACCAAAAGCAGGCUGGGCAAAACCCAAACGGGGUGGACCCAAUCUUCGUUGGCAUUGACAUUUCUAGAGCUCAACAAUAAUUUAACGCCCAUUUCUUCUCAUACUCGGUACUCUCUGUGGUCAUAACUCUUAAGCAUAACCCUACUUCUCAUCCCAGCCCCCCUCUCUCUCUCAAAGCAUCUUCAUUUUCUCUGUUGUAUUUUUAUGGAGCAGGCGCUAAGUUCAACAAUCUCCAUACCCACAUUUCGGAGGAGUGAAAGAAAGACAAAAGCAAAAACCCACAUGAAAUCUGAGACUUAUUCUCGGUGUAGAAAGAGAGGUGAAAUUAAUACUAGUAGCAGUAGUUUUCAGCGGAUGAAAAGAAUAGACACGAAGGUUCAUGACAAAGUGAGUGGUACUAGUGAAGAAGAAGAAGAAGAAGAUGAAGGUGAGAAGGGUGAAGUGGAGAGAAAGAUUGUCGCAUUGCAAAGGAUUGUACCGGGAGGAGAGUCACUAGGAGUUGAUAAGUUGUUUGAAGAAACGGCUGAGUAUAUAUUGGCUUUACAAUGUCAGAUUAAAGCCAUGAAAGCUCUCGCAAGUUUUAUUCAAGGCUUGGAGAAGGAGAAGAGGAAAUUUGGGGGCUGAUCGAUAAUGAUUAUGUAACUGGUUUAUCAUUAUUUUGAUGAGAAAACCAAUUGUAUCCGUUUUUAAUAUCUUCAAUUUAUUUUGCCAAUAUUGUUGGGAGCAGCAAAAA